AUGCUGGGCGCAUCAGCUGCUGUACAAAGCUUGUUGCAGCUAUUUGCUCUGUAUUACGUGAUAACUGUAUUGCUUGGAGCUCCUUUCAUUACUGAGCUGUACUCGACGAGUGCUCUUGCUCUGUGGCUUACAAUUCUUACUGGACUGCCAAUAAUUUUCAUCUACAGAGGGGACUAUCAGUUAAAGCAGCUUUUGUUUGAAGGCAGGUGGAAAACGUUCGCAGAGCUUCUAGCUCACAGAGCUAUUUUUGGAGCCGUAGUUGGCGCUUGGCUGGGAGCAUUUGUGAUUCCUCUAGACUGGGAUCGCUGGUGGCAGCGUUAUCCGUUUCCAAAUUUUGUUGGUGCAACGUGUGGUUGGGUUUUGGGUGCGUGCAUAGAUUCUAUGGCCUCCGAUUUAAACUCGUACAUACCUCAUGGGAAUGGUACAAGUUCGCUGCCAUUGGAAGGUCUGUUUGGGCACUAUCGUUUCGCUGAUGUCCCUAAGCUCAUAGCCAUUUUUUAUGCGGAAUUUGACAUCGAAAUUGGUCCCGUAAUACGCUAUCAGAUACCAGAAGAUCAAAAUGUAGUAUCUCCUGAGCGGUUUUCCGCCUUCUCUGCAGCUAUCAUACCUAAAGAUGAGAUGCUAAAUCGUUUAAUAAAGCUGAACUUUCGCGAUUACAAAGUCAUGGGGCAUCCUAUUGGACUUAUCCAAAAGUUUGCGGAGUAUCUUGUAGACUUGGAAAUGGAAUGCGGUUUUCUUCACAUUGUUGAAAAACGUGCGCAGCUUCCAGCAAUCAUGCGAAAAGUAUUUACAGAUCUGAACACCUGCGGUGAAUGUGUGUUACCAGUCACUGAGUUGACCACACUUUAUCUCAAGCUUUGUCCUUCGUACAGAGGUGUGGAACCUCCUAAGGUGAGCCUUUAUAUGGUGCCGAUGUUCAUAAGAGCUAUACAGUUAACCCCAGCAAUUAUAGAUAAAAUGGAUGUGCUUUCCCAGAAAAUCAUACCGAAGAUAGAUGGAAUAAGGUGCGUAAAGGAGAUUGCCACUGAAGUUGAAAUCGAUCCAGAUUUGGUGAUGAGAUGUGUUAGGAAUCUGCAUUUCUACGAGUGUGUUAGUUUGGUUCCCUUGUUUCUGUAUUCGAACACAUACGUUGCGACAGAAAAAUUGCAUGACUUUUACAACAAUCACGUAGAACGUGAGUGUGGCGUAACUUUGCGUGAGUGGUGUGACACCAUGACGCCUCGUCGGUACAAUGUGGACGAGCGCCGCUUGGUGCAAUUUGGAAUGCAUCACCAGUUUUUGAGAAAAUUAUCCAUCUAUCCUAUUGCGAUUAUUCCAACAAACCAGGUGGAGAGAUCAGGAAAAUAUCUUUGUUUCAGUUUUCACAAGAAAUUUAGAAUAUAUCGACUUUGUGAUGGAACGCGUGCAUUGGAGGAUCUGGCAGUUAUUUACGAUAUGAUGCCCGACGAAUUGCACUACAAGAUGGCUGAAAGCGGGAAGUUUAAGUUUAUUAGUAAGUAG